AUGUUCGAGAGAAUUUUUCUGGGGUGGAAUGUAGUCGUUUGUUUUUUAUGUAUAGGGAGAAAAAGUGGUCGGGGUGGACGAGAAGAAAGGGAAGUUGACGGUGAAAUUUGCCUGAUUGACGGAGGGAUUGUUGGGCCUGUUUUGGCGGGGGACCAAAUCUGGGGAAUAGGAUGUAGUCGUUUGUUUUUAUGUAUAGGGAGAAAAGUGUCGGUGAAAGAACUGCCCCUUGGGGGACGCCGGCUGAAAUUGGUCGGCUGGAGGAGGUGGAAUUAUACUAUUGCUGAAGGUGGGAGGGGGGUUGUUCCGUCUGGCAGGGUAAGGUGGGCUGAGCUGAUGUUGGGUGUGGGGAAUGUCCUUUCUGAUACAUAUCGCUGUUCCGCCUCCGUGUUCGCCUCUGUGUUGGUCUGUCAGUGGGGUUUGAGUGGGGAGAUGAUUGGGUUUUUCUGGCGUACGUCUGCUGAAGAGCUGCUGCGUUUGAUGGAACACGAAGAGGGGGGAAUUCAGAUUGGGUGGGCUGGGUGGUCACGUUGGCAAUUCGGGCAUUUAAAGAAGUCGUUGGUGCAGUCAGUGAUGUGGUGGUUUCCGCCGCACUUGGCGCAAGUCGUCGGUCUCCUUUUAUUACUAGUUUGUCACGUCGUUCUUCUGUGGCGCGGUGGUGGUGGUAGUAUAGGUUGA